UUGUCUUUUAUUUCAGGCCUUUCUGCUGCCUUAUCCUGACGGAUUACCGGCUUCAGCGACGGAGCUGCACUCGCUUCCCGCUGUGUAUGUGAAGAAUUUGGAUCAGAAGGGGUGAAUGUCUGAUGAUCGUAGCGAUCAUUUCCGGGCGGAGCAACUGUGUCUCCCGCGCUCACCGGUGCUUCCGGUUCAAAGUGAACUUCUCGGACCUGAUUGCGAUUAUAUAUGGCGACUCUGCAUUGAUCACCUUCCGCUCGAAGACGAUCCGCUUCCGUUUGGCGCAGGUCGGCGUCGGCCUGCUGAUUAACAUUUGACUGCCGGGAUGCUUUCAACGCAUCAUACUCCCGCCGGAGCUCCUCUGUGGCAUUUUCCAAAUUGCGAUUAUCGUCUUUUAACUGGAGCUGAUCCAUUCGCUUUGAUUCACCGAUGGAAUCAAGCUUUGCUUUUGAUUGAGCCACUAUUCUCCGUAUUCCUCUGAAUAGGAACGGAAGUGACUCACGCGCAAUUUUCUCCAAAUCCUUUUCUGUUACUGCCGUGGCCAACCUAUCAUCAACGCUGGCGGCCUGUUCCAUGAAUUCAUCAUCAGUGAAUUCAAAAUCUUUAUCCGUUAUGUACUGCUGCAAUCCCAACUGGGAUGCAUGAAAUGUGGAAUCACCUGUGCGAACUAUCCUCAUCCUUGGUAAAGGCGGACAGUCAGUGGAUGCACGGUGGAAUCCCUCGUACGUACUCCUCCACACGUCACUGUUUCCGCAAGCAGGAUUAUACUGCAUAUGCCGCAAUGUCUAGCCAACUGUUAUUCUGGGAUAUCGAGAACGCCAACAUUCCAUGGCGAAGGUCAUUCAGUUGGUGCGUGGAUCACCUGCGGGAUUUAGCGGAGGAACGUGGCUUUGUUUCAUCAUGUCGUAUGCGUAUAGUUUGUGGUGGUUCACGCUGCUCGGAAACCGUAUGCUUUUAUGGCCAUAGUCGAAAGCUCUGUGAUCCUGAUACAGAGGACUGCUGGGAGCCUAACGAAUGGUAUCCCACAACGGAGAACGGUGUCGAACUCUUAUGUGGAUGGAUGACACAGAGUGACAAUCAAACAGGCAGACCUUACAGAAACAAUGCUGACAACAUAAUUGUGGCGAAGAUACAGAAUUCCAUUAACGAACUAAAGCGGCAUUCAUCGCAGACGCUAAGACUAUUACGCGCAAAAUUCAUGGUGUUCACAAAAGACCAAAGACUGCAGGGGAAUGUUGAAAAUUUGGGAACGGAGGACAUUGCGGUUAUGGCGAUGGAUCCCAAUUUCGAUGGGAUACGGGCAACGGGUCACACUUCGAACUCCGCAAAUUUUCAGGCUGGCCAACUCGUACAAAACGAUAACGAAGAAAUCGCAGUCCCGAGCUGGCUGCAGACCGCUGGUAAAAUCGCCUUAGCAGCCGGGCUACUUGGUGUUGGGGCGGUGGCCGUCAGUGCUCUGCUGAACGGCCAGCAAAGGCCCGUGCGACUUUUCUGGGACAUCGAUAACGCACGGUGCGCCAUUCCGGCCAAUGGAAACUGGCAAGGCUGUAUCGCGCAUUUACGCGGGAUCGGUCGUCAGCAGGGAGUGGAUCUGGAUACGACCUACGGUAUCAAAGUCAUCUGUAGAGGAUCCGGUGGCGGCUGUACAUACCAGCGGUGCGUGCAUGCCAGUACAAUGUGUGACUUGCAAACUCAGAUAAAAUGGAGAGCUGGUGCAGCACAGUCAACCACGAUGGAAGGCGUUCUUCUGCAAUGUGGUUGCGAUGGACGGAACGACAGUAACAGCGCGGAUGACCGCUUUGUCGAGCAGCUGACGGUGAUAUUUUCUGCCACAUCGGCCGGGAUGAACAUCAUCCUUGUGACAGAAAAUCGGAUCUUGCGCGGUCGCGCGGCCAGGACUGUAAACGUUCCGUACACACAAAGAAUUAUUUUUCAUCCGGCUAAUCCCGAGGAUCCAGUGUGGCCGCUAAGAUUCGAUCCCUUCCCGCCUGGCGGGCCCACUGCUGGACGUAGGGGAGAGGAGUGUGUAAUUACGUGAAUGUCGGAACAUCAAAUAAAUUGAAUAAUAUCCGUAUUGCCUUGCUGUGUGACACCAGCGCAGUUGAUCGCGCUUCAAUAGAUGACCAACUGUACAGAAGCCUGUGAUUUUACUUCUUUAUCUUUUUACGAUUUUUGACAGCACUGUUGUCAUUAUUACGUAUUUUAGCCUAAACUCAUGACAGUUCAAUUUCACCAAUCGAGUGUGUACUACGUAAGUACUAAUAUGUUCGUAUACCAUGUGCAUUUGCAAGUUAUAAAGUGGAC